ACGGCCAGAUAUUGUAGAUGUCAAAUCGAAGCUUUAUAGAUGGCAAAAAAUUAUUACGAAAAAAAACUUAAUAUUUGAUGAAGAUCUUGAUAUAAAAAAUAAAUUCUUAGCUGCUGAUGAAAUUAUCAAUUCGUUGUCAGUUAUUUCUUCAAAAAUCCAUACUUCUAAAUAUGUUAGUAAAUUUAUUGACAGUCAAAAAAUAGAAAGAAUUAAUAGUACCUACAGCACGGAUGCAUGCGGCAUUAACCUUAUAAUUUCUGAAGAUGAUUUUAAA